UUACACUGUUAGCAAUUGGCUGCGGUUCUUCAGACCGGGAAUAUUUUGAAUGUAACUGGGUGUACGCGGUAAAGUUUGUUUUUGUUUGUCAAACCGACAAAACGUCGUUGGGUGACUAGCUUUUUGGCGUAUUAAAAUAUAGUUAGACGUACUCACUUGUUCUUCUUUAAUUCUUCAUGGAGCAAGAAGCACUGGAAUACCCAUCUGCUGGAAAGGGGAUGGCACACAUCGCAGUGGUAGAUUUGGAAAACUACGUUAAUGUUGAACUCGACAUGGAAAGGAACAGCGGAAUUUCUGGAGAGGGACAUGUAUCCGGUAUAAGUCAAGCUCUGUUUCAGAAUGAAGAGGAGAAUAAGGAUUAUGGAGAAGAGAGUGAUGAUCCUGCUGCUGCUGAUGAUGACAGUGGCACAGACUUCUUUAGCACCAAAAUGUCUGGGACUCAGCUGCAGAGAUGUGAGCGUCAUGGAGUGAUUUCAAGUCUUCCUGACACCUUCCAGACUAGCCACCUUCUCCUUUAUGAGAGAUUCAAGGCAUACCAAGACUAUAUGCUUGGUGAUUGUAAGCCCUCUGAGAUGAAGGCAUUCACAGCAGACUACCUGGAGAAGGUGAUGGAACCGUGUGAUUGGAUGGCUGUGUGGUCUACUAAUGUCUUUGAUGUUCUGGUGGAGGUGUGUGAUUUGGACUUUAAAGAUCUGAAGGCAUGUGUAAGGCUAGUGCUGCCUCUGCAAUGUGACACUAGAGGCUGUGAACUCACUGAGGAGGCUAUGAAGUCUCUGUUGGAGGCCACUCAUCACAAAGUCCCUAUGCAGGAGCUCCAGGUGGUCUACGAGCAGUCUGGACACUUUGAUCAGACCGCCCUUGCUCUUGAACACCUCAGGUUUUUCUAUAAACACAUCUGGAGGCAAUGGGAUGAGGAAGAUGAAGAUGAUGACUUUGAUUACUUUGUUCGUUGUGUGGAACCUCGUCUCAGACUCUACUAUGACAUCUUAGAGGACAGAGUUCCAGCAGGCCUGGUGGAAGAGUAUGAGUCCUUACUGGAAAAGUGCUCCCAGUGCUUCCAGCAGUUCUCAGUGCUACGCAGCAGCCUCAGCAGUGACUCAGACACAGAGCUGGACAACGUGUCCAUGGUGGAGGGCCUAAAGCUCUACGACCAGCUGGAGAUGUUAAAACGCAAGCUGUACAUAAUUGAGAACCCCCUGUUGAGGUAUGUGCUGGGCUACAAAGGGAAUGCCAGGCAGCAGUGUGUGCAGAGCCGUGGGCUUAGGGCAUCAGGUAUGAAGGUGGUCCAUGUGGUCACAGCCUCCUGCAGCACCAUCCAGCUCCAGUCCCUUCUCAGUGAUAGACUGUUACCUCUGUGCUCCUCUGAAGACACUGAGAUUCAGUUCCACAGAGACCCUAUAUCAGCAGUGGAUUCAUGCCAUCAUGGUGAUGUGGUCAUUGUUCUCCCAGGGAUCUACAGUGUCAGUAGCUCUAUCUUCCUACCAGAUUCUGUCACAAUAGAGGGUUUUGGGCUUCCUGAUGAGGUGGUGAUUGAGAAGAAAAACAAGGGCGACUCAUUUGUGGUGUCCACAGGAGCUGAUGUCAGACUGUCAAAUAUCAAGUUCAUUCAGCACGAUGCUUUUGAGGGCAUUCUGUGCGUGUGUCAGGGGAAUCUGUACAUGGAAAACUGUGUGCUGCAGUGUGAAACCACUGGAGUUAUUGUGAGAACAUCGGCCCAUCUCACCAUGAACAUGUGUGACUUGUAUGGCUCGAAGGGUGCUGGUGUGGAGAUUUACCCUGGCAGUGUUUGCGAUCUGAUUGGUAACGGCAUCCAUCACUGUAAAGACGGAAUUCUCAUCAAGGACUUUGUUGAUGAGCUCAAGGUGAUGCCAUCUAUCACCAUGGAGAACAAUGUGAUCCACAACAAUGAAGGCUACGGGCUGAUUGUAGUGAAACCCAGCAACAGGGACCGACACAGAGUUCCUCUGGACAAAAGUGAAGAAGACCCUGCUGGACCUAUAGCUGAACACAAACAGCAGGGAGGUGGUGCAGACUCUCUUCUCAUCUCUUCAACAUCAGCAUCAAGCUCCAGCAGCAGUUCAGCAGAUGUUCGGCCUGACUCAGCUGAGAACAUGGAGCGCAUGGAUGGUGGUGUAGCCUGCAUCUCAGACAGGAAUUGGAAGUUGAAUCAUCAGCUGAGCAAAAACAAGGAGACAUCCUGCAGCCGAGCAGUACAGGAUCUGAUGGAGCACCAGAUCUUCGUCUCUAUUCAGGGAAACCAGUUUAGACGCAAUGGCAUGGGCGAUUUUGGCACCUUUUUUUACUGACAGACGUCAACACUUUUCUGAUGAAAAACAAUUUCAGACUG